AUGACCGCCCGCUUGGUCCUGGUCAUCGGUGACCUGUUCAUUCCCGAUCGCGCUCCAGACCUCCCACCAAAGUUCCGGAAACUCCUCACUCCCGGCAAGAUUGGCCAGAUUCUAUGUCUCGGUAACUGCACCGACCGUGAGACCUAUGAGUUCCUUCGCGGGGUCGCCCCGGACCUGCAGAUGGUCAAGGGCGACUUUGACGUCGACUCGCCCAAUCUCCCCGUCUCCAAGAUAGUCGAACAUGGCAACUUGCGCAUUGGUUUUACGCAUGGUCACACCAUUAUCCCGAAUGGCGAUGCCGACGCCCUCCUGAUUGCGGCCCGGCAGAUGGACGUCGACAUCUUGCUCUGGGGCGGCACCCACCGUUUCGAGGCAUUCGAGUUGGAAGGUCACUUCUUCAUUAACCCGGGUAGCGCGACAGGUGCGCUCAGCUCGGGAUUCUGGCCCGAGGGCGAAGACCCGACACCGAGCUUUUGUUUGAUGGACAUUCAAGGCGAUGUCCUCGUCCUGUAUGUCUAUCAAUUGAAGACCGACGCCAAUGGAAUUGAGAACGUGUCGGUCGAGAAAGUCUCUUUCCGCAAGAACCGCGCCCCAGUUCCUGCAGCGGCAGCGCCUGCUGCGACCGACUCGUGA